GCUCGCCCCCGGGCCCGCACCCCAGCCCGGCCGGUGAGACCCCGGCCCGACCCCGCCGCCCGCACAAAAUGUCGGCCCGGACGCCAUUGCCGACGGUGAACGAGCGGGACACGGAGAACCAUACAUCCGUGGAUGGAUACACUGAACCGCAUAUCCCGCCUACCAAAUCAAGUAGCAGACAGAACAUCCCACGGUGUAGAAACUCCAUUACGUCAGCAACAGACGAACAGCCUCACAUUGGAAAUUAUCGUUUACAAAAAACAAUAGGGAAGGGAAAUUUUGCCAAAGUGAAAUUGGCAAGACAUGUUCUAACUGGUAGAGAGGUUGCUGUGAAAAUAAUAGACAAAACUCAGCUAAAUCCUACCAGUCUACAAAAGCUGUUUCGAGAAGUACGAAUAAUGAAGAUAUUGAAUCAUCCUAAUAUAGUAAAAUUGUUUGAAGUUAUUGAAACAGAGAAGACCCUCUAUUUAGUCAUGGAGUACGCGAGUGGGGGUGAAGUAUUUGAUUACUUAGUUGCCCAUGGAAGAAUGAAAGAAAAAGAGGCCCGUGCAAAAUUUAGGCAGAUUGUGUCUGCUGUACAGUAUUGCCAUCAAAAGUGCAUUGUUCACCGUGAUCUUAAGGCUGAAAACCUUCUCCUUGAUGCUGAUAUGAACAUUAAAAUUGCUGACUUUGGUUUUAGUAAUGAAUUUACAGUCGGGAACAAAUUGGACACAUUUUGUGGAAGCCCGCCCUACGCUGCCCCUGAGCUUUUCCAAGGAAAGAAGUACGAUGGGCCUGAGGUGGACGUGUGGAGCCUCGGUGUCAUUCUCUAUACACUCGUCAGUGGCUCCCUUCCCUUUGAUGGCCAGAAUCUGAAGGAACUGCGGGAGCGAGUCCUGCUAGGGAAGUACCGCAUUCCCUUCUACAUGUCCACUGACUGUGAAAAUCUUCUGAAGAAAUUACUGGUGCUGAAUACAAUAAAGAGAGGCAGCUUAGAACAAAUAAUGAAAGAUCGGUGGAUGAAUGUUGGUCAUGAGGAAGAAGAGCUAAAGCCAUAUACUGAGCCUGAACCAGAUUUCAAUGACACGAAAAGAAUAGACAUCAUGGUCACCAUGGGUUUCGCUCGAGAUGAGAUAAAUGACGCCUUAAUAAAUCAGAAAUAUGAUGAAAUUAUGGCUACUUAUAUUCUUCUAGGUAGAAAACCACCUGAAUUUGAAGGUGGUGAAUCAUUGUCCAGCGGAAGCUUGUGUCCGAGGUCACGGCCCAGCAGUGACCUGAACAACAGCAGCCUUCAGUCCCCGGCUCACCUGAAGGUCCAGCGGAGCAUCUCCGCAAACCAGAAGCAGCGGCGUUUCAGCGAUCAUGCUGGUCCAUCCAUUCCCCCUGCCGUAUCAUAUACCAAAAGGCCUCAGGCUAACAGCGUGGAGAGUGACCAGAAAGAGGAGUGGGAUAAAGACCUAGCUCGCAAACUCGGCAGCACCACGGUAGGGUCAAAGAGCGAGAUGACUGCGAGCCCUCUGGCGGGGCCGGAAAGGAAAAAGUCUUCAACGGUUCCAAGUAGCAAUGUAUAUCCGGGAGGUAGCAUGGCAAGAAGGAACACGUAUGUCUGCGAGAGGACCACAGAUCAGUACGCGGCACUGCAGAAUGGAAAGGACAGCAGCCUUACGGAGAUGUCCGCCAGUAGCAUAUCCUCUGCAGGCUCUGCUGUGGCUCCCACCAUCCCCUCAGCACGACCCCGCCACCAGAAGUCCAUGUCCACUUGUGGCCAUCCUAUUAAAGUCACACUGCCAACCAUUAAAGACGGCUCUGAAGCUUACCGGCCCGGUGCGACACAGAGAGUGCCUGCCGCCUCCCCCUCUGCUCACAGUAUUAGCGCCAGCACCCCGGACCGCACCCGCUUCCCCCGGGGCAGCUCAAGCCGCAGCACUUUCCACGGGGAGCAGCUGCGGGAGCGUCGCAGCGCCGCCUACAACGGGCCACCCGCCUCCCCCUCGCACGAGCCCGGAGCCUUCGCACACGCCAGGAGGGGGACAUCCACGGGUAUAAUAAGCAAAAUCACAUCCAAAUUCGUUCGCAGGGAUCCCAGUGAAGGCGAAGCCAGUGGCCGCACAGACACCUCAAGAAGUACGUCAGGGGAACCAAAAGAAAGAGACAAGGAAGAGGGUAAAGAUUCUAAGCCACGUUCUCUGCGUUUCACGUGGAGUAUGAAGACCACCAGUUCAAUGGACCCCAAUGACAUGAUGAGAGAAAUCCGGAAAGUGUUAGAUGCAAAUAACUGUGAUUAUGAACAAGAAGAGAGGUUUUUGCUUUUCUGUGUCCACGGAGAUGCCAGACAGGACAGCCUCGUGCAGUGGGAGAUGGAGGUCUGCAAGUUGCCGCGCCUGUCACUGAACGGGGUCCGCUUCACGCGAAUAUCGGGGACAUCUAUUGCCUUUAAGAACAUCGCAUCUAAAAUAGCAAAUGAGCUUAAGCUGUAAAGAAACUCAAAUUUACAGGAUCAGGGAAGAUACAUUCACAUAUGAGGUACAGUUUUGAAUGUAUUGGUAAUGCCUAACGUGAUCGGCCUGUGAGUCUCCCACGCUCCCCCACCAUGUAGAAAUCGCCCUUCAUGCAAUAAGGACAUCCAUAGUUAGGGACUGGACGGCUAGAGUCCGCGUGAAGUAUACUAAAUAUCUGUAGCUAAAAAAGUAGGUUCACAUGUACAGGUAAGUAUAUUGUGUAUUUCUGUUCAUUUUUCUGUUCAUAGAGUUGUAUAAUAAAACAGAUGAUUGCU